GGAAUCCUUCGGUGGCCUCUGUGGCGGUUGUGGACACGUCGUGCCGGACAGAACUCAAAGGGGCUUCUGAGAAGUCCUGCGCGGGGACGGGUGGAGGUUCCGAGAGGGCGGCGUUGGUGGCGGGACUCGACCUGGGAAGAGACUCUCCAGCUUAUUCUCAUCUUUUCCUGGCAAAAUGGAUCAUUCCCACCAUAUGGGGAUGAACAGUAUGGACCACAAUAGUACCAUGCCCCCAUCUCACCAUCACCCGACCACUUCAGCCUCACACUCCCAUGGUGGAGGAGAGCACAACAUGAUGCGUAUGACCUUCAACUUUGACUUAAAGAAUGUGGAACUAUUGUUUUCCGGUUUGGUGAUCAAUACACCUGGAGAAAUGGCUGGAGCUUUUGUGGCUGUGUUUUUACUAGCAAUGUUCUAUGAAGGACUCAAGAUAGCCCGAGAGAGUCUACUGCGAAAGUCACAAGUCAGCAUUCGCUACAAUUCUAUGCCUGUCCCUGGACCAAAUGGAACCAUCCUUAUGGAGACGCACAAAACUGUUGGGCAACAGAUGCUGAGCUUCCCUCACCUCCUGCAAACUGUGCUGCAUAUCAUCCAGGUGGUCAUCAGCUACUUCCUCAUGCUCAUCUUCAUGACCUACAAUGGCUACCUCUGCAUCGCAGUAGCAGCAGGGGCUGGAACAGGAUACUUUCUCUUCAGCUGGAAGAAAGCAGUGGUAGUGGACAUCACAGAGCAUUGCCAUUAAUGCCAGACUCCAUGGUGUGGCCUUACCAAUUGCAGUGGGAAGCAGCUUGAGUUGGGAAGACAUGAUUCCUGCUCCAGUCAUCCCUUCUCACUCCUCUCUCUUUACACACACAUCUGCUGAGUAGAGGUUUAGUUUACAGUCUCCAAGGUAAAGUGAUGUUUUUCAGUAAGCUGAGAUUCCCAUUUCUCUCAUAGUGAAGCCACCCAUGAGAUGUCAUCUCCUCCCUCAUCAUCCUAGAUUGUUGGCUAAUCCAAGUAGCUUUCUAGUCAGUGACUUGAUUAUCUGCUGCUUUUUAAUCUUCUGGGUUUUCUUUAACACAAUAUGUGAAUUUGAUGGGGGUUGUUUUGUUUUUUGUUUCCUGGGUCAGUAAUGAAAAGGGAUUAACUUCAACCAGGAUUGAUGAUAGUGAGAGACAUUCUUGCCCAACUCAACCCAGGACUCAAAUGUCACAUUAGAACACAAGUUCCAAGUGGUAAAGUGUCUGUCUAGCAAGCCCAAGGCCCUGCAUUCAAGCCCUAGUACUGCCAAGGAAGAAAGGAAGGUCCAGUCAUUGUACUCAGUGAGUGAAAAAUACAUUGUGCCUUUCACUAGGCGUGAUGUGUUACACCAGAACCUUUGCAGUGUGUGGAGGGGUGAUUGGAGACUAAAUGUAGGCCUAGAGCUUGUUGGGUUCUGUAUUUUUGGGUUGCUCAUCAACUUGUUUUCCCACCUGAUAUUUUGACAUUUUGAUUAGGAUAAGCUUUCCAAUCAGAAAGAAAAAGACAGUCCAUUUGAGAAAAUAGAAAUAGGUUUUUAAAAAUAAAACUAUUGUCAUUUUA